AGUUAGAUUUUAGUAAAAAUAGAAAAUUUUUUUUUUAAAAACAUAAUUUUUCAAUGAAUAAUCAUUUAGCUAUCAUAUUGAUAUGCAGAAAUAAUUUAGUAUUGAUAACUGAUAAUUUAUUAUGAUUUUGAUACCUUUGCUACAAAACAGCCUAAAGAUCAAACAGAUUCUAGUACAAAAAUGAAGAAAAAUAUAGUUCCUAAUGAUAACAUCAGCAAUCGUGAUAAGACAGCCUCACCUGUAGUCAGUCUGAACCGAGAAAACAAGAUUGACUGGUCAAACAAUUCUGACUCUCCUCGUUGGGGAUAUGGCAUUGGAAAUCCACAGAGGAAUGACGAUGGAAAAUUACAACCUAGAUCAUCUAUGCUAGAAAAGAAAAAGUUUGGAGAGCUUACAGCCAGAGAAGGUACCCCAGAAACCAACAUAAACAGAGACAUGAGGAUACCAUUUCGUCCUGGUAGUCCUUGGGGGAAGGGGAUAGGUAACCAACAGUACGACAGUGAAGGAAAUGUUAUUGCAAAGAAAUCAAUGUCACUUGAUAAAAAUAAGGUGAAAAGCAACUUAUGUUUUGGCAUGGAUUGUAUUUUUUGUUUUAAGUUCAAGGAUAUUUAGUUUAUUUAUUAUUGUUUUUUGUUUAUUUGUUAUUGUUUUUUGUUUAUUUAUUUAUUUAUUUUUUUUUUUUCAAUUAUUUUAAGAGAUUAUUUUCUUUUUCAUUUUGAGGAUGAAUUCAAAAUGGAAUAUAUAUCUAUUUUCAUUUGUGGAUUUUUUUGUUGCAUUAUGGGAUGACUCAAGAAAAGGUUUUUUGCAUGAUGGGAUUAUUUCAAGAAAUAAGACCUUUGCAUGAAUGUUUUAUACACAAUUUAGUAAGUUGUGUUAAAUUUGAUCAUCUGGAUUUGGUCAUGCACUUUCUUGGAAAAAAUAGGGCAAAAAAAACCUUGAACCUUAAUAUAUAUAUGUAUAAAAUUAUGAUUAUUAUGUUACUUAAUCCCAAAAAAUAUUCUGAAAUUCAAUACUUUUUUCAUAAAUACCUGUAUAUUGCUGUAAGAGUAUACAUUUGUAAAUCUUCAGUUUGUAAUCAAUAUCUAUUUAUGAAGUGAAAAAAAGUUAAGCAUUGAUAAAAAAAAAACACUUUUCAAUAAUACAGUACAAUUUUCAAAUAGCCAAUAGAUGCAAAUGGUCUCACUGGAGAGAAGAGAAGAAAGGGAACUUACAAUCCAACUCAAGGACUCAUUGUUUCUCCAAGGAGAAACCUUACUCCAGAAAUUAAGCUGCAUUCCAACAGACAGACUGUUAACAACAAAGAAGACUACUUUCCAUAUGGACAGGGUUAUGGAAAUCCCAAAAGGGAUGACUUUGGAAAUGUUCCUAGAAAAAUGGCUACUCUCAAUUCGAAUAAGGUGACAGAAUUCAUGUCUGCAUGGAUAUUUUCAACCUUCUCUUAUACUAAUACUAUCAUACUUUUCAUAUUGGAAGCAUGCAGAUAAAAGUUCUUUGCAUGACAUAUUUUCAUAGUCAAAAUCUUUAUAGUCAUCAUUGAUAAGGUCAUAUUUUUCUCUGUGAUUAAAUUGUUAAUUGGUAAACUUUUUUUAGAAAAAUGUUUUUUUAUUAACUAAUCAAUUUAUAAAUUAAUUGGUUGUUGAGGUUAUUAUAACCAUUCAAAAAUCUACACAUUUUACACUUUUUCAAAAUUUGCUGUUAAGGCAAGCAUAUCAUCAGAUUAACAAUCGAUUCGAUUUAAAAAAGCUUUUUAUGUUUAUAACAGCCUAUAGGGAAUUUAAAAGGACCAACAAGGCCAUAUGAGCCAUCGUCACUUGUCUAUGGAGGUGAAACAACACCAGAAGAUGACCAAAUGAGUCCUGACGUUAUUACUAACCUGAAUAGGGAAGUUAAGAUGCCUGAACAACGUGUUCAGAGUCCAUGGGGAAAAGGUUAUGGUAAUGCUCAGAGAGCAUCUGAUGGCACUAUAAUCCGUAAAUCUACAACAUUGGAUACCAAUAAGCCAGCAGACGGUCCAAGCACAGAAAAGAAAAAGAAGCCAUAUGACCCAACUGCAGGAGGUAUUGUCAAUUCUCCAAGGAGAAAACAAACACCAGAUAUAAAACUAAAUUUAAAUAGACAGCUACCUAGCUAUGAUGAAAAUUAUACUCCAUGGGGGAGUGGUGGUGGAAAUCCUGUCAGAGAUGAUGACGGGUAUAUUCAACCCAGAGGUCAAACAUUGGAUGCAACAAGGCCUGUAGACAAUGGACCUACAGAGAAAAAGAAAAAGACUUUCUUUGACCCAUCAUCAGGGAACCAACCAUCAGCUAGAGGAGCUCAGACUCCUGACAUCAAGCCUAAUUUCAACCGUCAGUUACCUAGCAAUGAAGGAGAUUUUGAUCCGUGGGGAAAAGGGGGUGGAAACCCCAAUUAUGAUGAAACAGGAAACAUAAAGAAGAAAGUUUCAACAUUGGAUAGCAGAAGGCCACCAGACGGUAUGACUGAUGAAAGUGGGAAUCCAAUUAGACAUCCAAAACCUAUGUCAGACUUAUCCUUUAUGGCGAAUAGAAAUCGAACACAAAACAGAACACCUGAUUCAAACAUGGAUCGUGACACUAGAAUUUCAAGUGGAGGUAGAAGUUCUGACCCUUUUAGAUUUGGCAAAGGGGCAGGAAAUCCUGUUUAUGAUGAGGAUGGAAAUGUGGUCAGACAUUCAAUGACCUUGACCCUUGACCCGUCAGAGGUGACCUUGCACUAUGAAAUGGAUGUUGAUAACCUGCACUAUUCUAGAUGUGAAUGUUAAAUAUGAAUGUUGAAUCCAUUCUUGCACUGUUCUGACUGAUUGAAACUUAUAUGCAUGAUCUGUUAUCUUCCAAAAGAUGAUCCUUGAUAUUAAAUCUUUUGCAAAGGGGCAUAAUCAUAUGUUGUAUUAGUGUCCACUUUAUAGCAGCAUGAAAGUGAAGACACAAUUAUAUCCCGAAAUAUGAUUUGUUGUUGUAUACAAUGUUUAAAUUUUGUCAUGAUAAGAAAGGUGGUCUUUAAUAUGCAGGUUUUAUCAAAUUUUGAUAGAAGAUUUAACACUAUAUAGGGCCUCAUUAUAUUUUUUUUAAAUUAUACUGAAAGAAGGUUGUAGCAAUUGUUAUUUCUUGUUUUUAAAAUGCAAUUUCUCAAGGAUACAUAGUUAUAUUUAUAUCACACUUAGUUAUGUCCCUUGGUAAGCUAGUGUUAUUGUAUAUACUUUUGUGUACUUUUUUUUUUAGAAAGGUCAAUGUGAUAUGUAUGAAAAAAGUACAUAAAUAGUUUAUCAUAAUUGUAGCAUGGACAACUCUAUUGUUCGUUCACUUAUUUUUUACAAUGUACUGAAUGGUCAUAAUACUUUAAACAUUUUAUUUAAACUCAAAAAGAAAAUUAAUAUUGCAUGAACUUUGUGUAUUGAAUACAAUGAAAGAAGGUGAUUGUAAUUUGAUAGUUUUUGUUACUAUAGUUUAACAUGUUUUAAAAUCCUAGUUGCAAACAAUUGAAAUUGUUUACUAAACAUGUAGUAGAA